AUGAAAUUUGAUAGAGAUACAACCAUUUGGUAUUCAAGUUUAAACUCAUUGCUAAUGGUUAUCUUUUGUAAACAAGAUGUUGAUGUUUCGGGAAAGCAUAAAAUAAAUUUAUUUGAAAUGAAAUUCAAGUCAAUGAAAUUUUUUUCUGAGCUCUAUGGCAAAUUUGGAAUUCAGAGCUUCAAGAAAUCUAAAGUUGAUUUAUGUGAAAUAAGAACUCAUUACAGUGAAUGGAUUAUUUAA